CCGCAAUUUUAAGCUCUCAUGGGUUUUCUGAAGAUGUGCAUUUGCCACAGCCAUGGGUCUACCAAGAGAUAAUACCAGCCUUGUUGGCACGUCAGAUCAUUUUCUCAGUGUCAGACUUUCAACAUGGGACAAACAUUUGGAUAUUGAAGACGCGAUAGACAGACACGGCCGCUUAGAGAGCUUCAGCGAUUCCUCAAGAAUCAACAUCAUCGUUCUCAGCACUUUCGCUAUUCCAAAUCCAACAUGAUCUCACGAACCAGAGCCAUUCUCCUUGCGCUCUCCUUCCUGUCUCUACCUCUCAUCCAGGCUCAGUUCGUGUCGUCUCUCCCACAAUGCGUACAAGACUGCAUCACUCAAUCCCAAGACGACAACUGCCAAUCCACGGACAUUAAAUGUCUCUGUCGAGCCUCAGCCGGCAACUUCCUCCCCGACCUAAUCACCUGCAUUCACUCGAACUGCGACAACGACCUAGACAAUGACCUCCUCCUCACACCCUUACAACUCGCCUGCCAGCUUGCCGGCGUCCCAAUCCCCGCAGCUGCCCUGAGAAACGCAGAAAACGAAGCCAGCAGCCUCGCCUCGCAAGUCACCACCACCGUAACAAUGAGCGCCUCCUCCUCAUCACCCGAAGCAACCACCACCGUGACGGUCACAAGCAUCGGUUCCGGCACCACCGUCUACGAAAUCUACCCCGUCACGGUAUUCAGCACCACAACCAUCACCGGCUCGACCAUCACCCGAUCAUUGGCGCCUGUGUUGAUGACGACCACCAACAGCGUCGGCUCGACAUACACGUUCUGGGUCUCGGACCCGGGUCCUGGGACGCGGACGUCGUUGAUCUCGAUUACGUUGGCUUCUUCGGUGCCUGUGGGUAGCGAUACGACGACUUCGAUGAGUGUUGCGGCUCAGGAGACGAGUUCGAGUCUGAGGAGUAGUUUGGGGAGUAAGACGACGAAGGCUUCGGAUCCGGCGGAGACGGAUAGUGCGCCUUUUACGAAUACGAAUAGUGGUGGUGUGAGGAUGGGAGGUGGUUCGAGGGUUUGGGUGUGGGUGGGUAUGGUGGUGGCUGUUUGUUUGGUGUGGAUAUGAUAUGAUGUCCUGGGGUUUCGGUGAGAUUGUACAUGUAAUGAAUUAUGAAGGAUGGCGUUAGAGGGAUACCAAUUCAUGUAAUGUUUUCUGAUAAUGAAAG